AUGGCGAUGGCCGCACGGCCACCGAGCCCCCUGGUGCAGGAUGCAUAUGGCCCGAUCCCUCAGCAGCCCAACAACAACGCUGCCAACUUCAACAACGACGGUGCUACCCAUCCGGAUGUUGUCGCCUUGAGUCGUGGCUAUGGUUCCCGCUCUAACUCCAGACCAAAUUCCUUUGUCGCCAGUAGCGCCGCUUCGAACGUGGCUCACGGUGCCCUGCUCGAUCCCCCCUCCAUUGCUGCCGGAUCUCGUUAUUACCAACCCCCAUAUCAGCAACACCACCACAAUCCUCGGUUUCACGAGGACUUCGAUGCAGCCAGUCAGCGUGGUUCCGUCGUUUUGGAAGGCCCGUCAGCUGUCCAAGCAACAGCAGCCGCCACUCCGGGCGUUCAGCGCUCCGUCUCGCAAAUGUCCCAGUCCCGUUCCGCAACUCCCACUCGUACAAGUACGUUGAAAAAACGCGCUUCUCUCACCAAGAGGGGCAGUAUGCGUCGCAGUGGGAGCAAGAAAAGCAUGCGCGCCGGCAGUGUUCGUAGUUUGGAUCGGGAGCGGUACGGCGCUGACGGCGUCGAUGAUAUCAACAGCGCCUUUACCGUUCCGAUCCCAACGGACGGUAAUCCUACGGAGGCUUUGGCUAAUCGCUUUCAAUCAUGGCGCAAGAUCCUGAAAGAUCUAAUUAUCUUCUUCAAAGAAAUCCAGAAAUCCUACGAAAUGCGCUCUAAAUUGUUCCUGUCGGCUUCCAACGUCAUCAACAAUUCUACGAUGCCUCCGUCCUUCCUCAAAUCGGGCGGUAUCGCCGACGCGACCGAGAUCCUCCGCGAUUUCCAUCGACAGGGCUAUCUCGAAGCGAACAAAGCCGCCGAGGUUGAAAGCGAAGUUGUCAACCAGCUGAUGAGCCUCCGCAACGACCUGCACAAGAAGAUCAAGGAAAUCAAGGGUCUCGCCAGUGAUUUUAAGAAUACCGUGGAGAAGGAAGUCGAUGGCACCCGCAAGUCGGUCCGGAACCUGCACGAAGCCCUGGAUCUUGUCGAUAGUGACCCCGCCGCGGCGUCCGGGAGAGGCGAUCCGUUUAUCGUUCGUCUGAAUGUCGAUAGGCAGAUUGAGAAGCAAAUCGAAGAGGAAAAUUAUCUGCACAGGGCGUACCUGAACUUGGAAAACUCCGGUCGCGAACUCGAGUCGAUCGUGGUGAGCGAAAUCCAAAAGGCCUACAACGCAUACGCCAGCGUCCUCAAACGCGAGGCCGAUGAGGCUUACGACACCGUCGAGAAAUUGCGCGCGGGACCGAUUGGGAUGCCUCAGGAUCACGAAUGGAACUCGUUCAUUGCCAGCACCGAUGACAUGGUCGAUCCGCGCGUGCCUCUCCGCAACGUGGAGAACAUCACCUACCCAGGCAGGGAUCAUCCCGCUGCUGCAGAAGUGCGAUCCGGCAUGUUGGAACGCAAGAGCAAGUACCUGAAGAGCUACACACCAGGCUGGUAUGUGCUGUCGCCGACUCAUCUCCACGAGUUCAAGUCGGCAGAUCUAGUGGCUUCGCAGACUCCCAUGAUGUCUUUGUACCUUCCGGAGCAGAAGCUAGGCCAGCACUCCCAGCCAAAUUCGUCGUCAUACAAGUUCAUGCUCAAAGGACGCCAGACAGGAACCAUGCACCGGGGUCACUCUUGGGUGUUCCGUGCGGAGACGCAUGAGACCAUGAUGUCAUGGUUUGAGGACAUCGGAAGUUUGAUCUCCAAGACCGGUGAAGCUCGCAAUGCGUUUGUUCGCCGACAUGUCCGGAGCAUCAGCGGAAACAGCAUCUCUUUCUCCGGCGGCAGUGAUGCGAUGGAGGAUGAGGAAGACGAGGCCGACAGGACUCCGUAUUCCAGUGAGGCCGCCUUAAUGAACGUCGAACGACCGACCUCGCAACCCCGUCAACCUGGUGGACGCUUCCCCAGUGAUGUGCACAUCGAUCGACAUCUACAGGUGCCACUGUCCCCAUCCAGUGGGGAGAGCUCUGGUGACCGGGACCUUCUGGCAGUCGUUGGAUCAUCCGGACCGGAUCGGUCUACGUCCCCUCUGGAAGGCUAUGGCAACCGUCUCUCAGCAGUAUCAGACCGGGAUGGGGACGCUGGCAGCACCGCUAGGUCUUCCGUUCACGGAGUAAAUGACGCUUCGUCUCUGGGACCUGGUCGUGUUGAGAGGCACGACAGUUACUAUGGGGACUGGAUUGGACCAGCGGCCCUUGCUGCUCGUCAGCAGCAACAGGCUCAAUAUAAAGCAUAUAACCCUCCUGCUCAAAAUGAGCAGGGCUUGCUUCAGCCCGAUGAGAGGCGUCCUCUCUCCUCAUCGGACUCGAAUCUGCUCGCAUCCACAGGGUCCACUCACUCCCAGGAUCCUUCCUCUACGGGAUUCCGGCGCCGUCGUGAGAGUGCCUCGACGGCACCCACCACGACAAAUGUGACGAACGUGACAGAUCACACGAGCAAUACACUCCCAACGUCCAUCGACGAACCCUCUAUUGUCGGGACUGGCGACCCCGCCGGCCCGCACAGACGGCAGCCAACCGAUGAGACCCUAAAGGAGGAUCCUACAUCUGCAGCAAUCAAGAUGGAUGGCGUCUCGACUACUGACUUCCCAGUAAGGGGUAUCUCACCGGGACGUUCCGCGUCGAACCAAUUUGACCCCUCCAUGGUAGGCGAGGAGUUGAAGCCCACCACUACCGCCGCUACCGGUACCACCGGUACGACUGGUCGCACGAAGGGUAGUGUGUCAACACUGGAAUUGAAGAUCCCAGGACAUUACCCUCCCCAUGUGGCCGCAUAA